UGAGUUAGAAGAGGAGAGGGAACUGCACAAAGAUGGUCCGUUGUGUUUUGCGAUUGUAGCUCAAUCAGUCACAAACUGUUCGAAAAGUUUGCUUGGGUCGGUUGACUGAACCAAAGAUGCAAUGCUUCGUGCACGGGCCAUUGCCGGGUUUAUUGAUAUAUUGUGUGUUGAGAGGUCUGCCCGCAAGGCUUCGGGCUUGUAGCAACCAUGAGAUCCAGAUGGAGCGGGAGCAAUCUUCAAGUUCGAUUGCCUCCUCCGACUCCACGAUGACCUUGUGGGCUACAAAAGUCACCCGCUUGGCGUUGGAUGAGCCCGAUGAGCCGUUCUCGGACAGCGACGAAGGUGGAGCAAGAAACCCUGAGCAAACUGCCCCGGAGCAAGGACCGACCAACAACACGGGCAGCUCGGAACCAGGCCGCUUGACUCCUGCCCUUCUUCGACCGUCCCGCGCGGCGGAGCGGCGGCGAACACCGGGCUCCAAGGUGUGGUUGUUGCCGCUGGAGCCCGGCGUCAUAGAGGAACUCCAAGCGGAAGCCCGUGAGCGAUCGUAUGCUUACUUGGCCAUGCCUGCGAACCCCAAGCGUGUGUAUCGCCUGUCACGCGUCUACAGCUUGUAGCGGUUCACGAAAGCUCCGAGCGGUUUUCAAAGCGGGGCCUUUACGAACUCAUUGGGGGCUCUUGUGCUUGUUGCUGACUGGUUUCCGCAGGAGUCGCUUAGCUUGCUGCCUUUUCUCAGUGGUGUUCAACAUUUAAGCAAUCUCCAACUCCAAAGGGAGCAGAGCCUGUAUAGACCGUAUUUAGAGUCGUUCAGAGUCUGACAGUUCAGUACCGUGUUUGCAUCUGCCAACUCGGCGAUGUUGCUGGGCUUGUUAGACCAGUGGGCACAAUGCGCUAUCAUGCGCUAUCCAAUUUGCGUAAAUGAGGGACAGUUCAGUACUGUGUUGGCAUCGGCCACACGAGCCGAGCUUCGCUGAAUUUGACAACGCGAAGAGUCUUGGAAGAGACGGAA